AUGGUCCAGGUCUUCAUCGACGUGUCGUGCGGCAGCGAACUAGUUUCGGACGGUUACCCGAUGGCCCCUGCGUUUGAGAACCCUGAGUUUGAGCAGGUGGCUUUUGAGGUGAAGUCGCGCAUGACGGUGAAGGGUGGGGAGGACUUUGGCAUCAGUUGCAACGUGGACGAGGAUGCCGGCGAGGGUGCCACCGGGGACGGCGAGCAGGCGGUGGAGAAGGUGAAUGACAUUGUCGACGCCUUCCAGUUGGUGUCUUUGGGCUCAGAUAAGAAGUUCUUCAAGGGCUACUUCGCCUCCUACAUGAAGUCUGUGCUUCUGCCCGCUGUGCCGGAGGCCGAGGUUGCCGAAUUCAAGACGAAGAUCCAGAGCCUCUUCGUCAAGAUGAUGGCUGAAUUCGAAAACGGCGAGCUCUUCCAAGCCGAAAAGGCCAACGAGUCCGAAGACCCGCUAAAGUGCAUGCCCAUCUUCGCCUACUGGGCCGGGGAGGAAGAAGCACCCCGCUUCGUCUUCUUCAAACAUGGACUCAAGGUAGAGAAGUAUUGA